AUGAUCCUGAAACGCCUGAAAUCAUCUCGGCCGUCUCGAAAAUGGGGCCCGAACUUGAGGAGCCCGGUGGCUCCCCUAAGCGGGCUCAACGAGAAACUGAGCCUAGCGCUAGGCCUGUGUCCGGUCGAUAGCGGCGGCCUAAACCUAGCGUGGGGCACGGUCGUGGCCUCAACCCUCGGCGUCGUGGCCUCUUUCUACGCUGUUAAUGUCGUCGAGCCAGUCCGCAUCGUCUACUGCGAGUCCGCCGCUGGCAACUGCACCUUCUUCUGGUCUCUCCUCAUCGACUUCCUCAUCUUCACCGUCGCCGUCGUCCUCUGUCCAGCGGUCAACUUCUUCCUCCGCUCGGAGCGAGAGACCGCCCUCAAGUUCAUUCAUAGAGUGGAUGCCGGGCUCAACUUCACUCCAAGUCUUCAUAAAAUUGACAAAGUCAUUGCUUUUUUCUACGUUUACCUAAGUCUUCUCAUAUUUUCGGAAUUUGCAUUGAACACCUCUGGUGAUCUGGAAGGCAUCACCGCCUACAUCGUUGAGAACGGACUCAUUUUCCUGUCGGACGUCUACUUCCUGGUUCUUGAAAUAGAGUUCUUUGGGAUUGCAUGGAGUUUCCAAAAGAGAUUCAAAGCAAUCAAUGAAGCUGUGUCCCUUCUGAUAUUUCCGAAAUGGAAUAAAAUUCCGACCGUUUUUAGCAAUGCAGCUCAAGAGACUGCAACCAGUCGAUUCGAUCGGUUGGUCGACCUACAUUGGUACCUGAGCCAAGGCGUGUCCUCGAUCAACAAGGUUUACGGAUUCAAGCUGGGCAUGCUCCUGUUCUACUUGUUCUAUCGUUUGCUCAUCAUUCCUCACGUCAUGACGAUUCUCAUCACCACGACUGAGGAUGGACUUUCGAUGAAAGUUUGGUGGUUCAUGUACCAUGCCUGCCAGCUCGCCUUGCUAGUGCUGCCCGCUGCGGACAGUGCUAAAAACGGAGAAACGUUGAUAAAAACGAUAUGUCAGGGCCUUGGCACAAGCACACACGUCGUACAGGACCAAGUAAGUAUAGCUAGAACUGGUAACUUGCCGCUAUUCCUUAUUUGUGUGAACUCACCUUCGUUAUUCACCUGA